CGCUUUGGAUUGUAAGAUAGCAGGAUACUGAGGCUGCAGCAGCUCGGUGACUGAGGCGGAACUGGAAGAGAAGCCAAGAAGUUACUUUUACAGACUGUUAGUCGUGGUGCGUAAAAUGAAAGUGGUGCGUAAAUGUCUGCGCGGUAGAUGAUAUUCACAUUUCUUUUUGAAAAACUGACAAGUUGACGGGAAAACUAGCUUUGAACUAGUGUCAGAGGGAAAGUCUACGCUUGGCACGGAUGCUGUUGGAUGUCGCUCCGGGUCUGCGCUCCUGCUUUUGAUCUUAUUUGAGCCAUGGCUUACUCUCAGCUGGGAUACUCCUACUCCACCGCACCGCAGUUUCUGAUGACCUCCGGCUCUCUGGCGGGUUGUCUGGAGCCGGGGACGCCUCCGUCCCACCCGGUGCUGCGCUCCCCGAGCCACCAGCUCCCCUCUGGUACCGGCAUCGGAGUUUACAGCGGAACUUAUCCAAAGAGCCAAGGUUACUAUAACACCUGCACCAGCGACGCCUCCGCUCUCUACUCCAGAGGGCCACUAGAUCCCAAAGACGGAGCUGCCUCUGUAGGGACCUCUCAGACUCCUGCCUACUAUCCUUAUGAAUACACAUUUGGACAGUAUCCAUACGACAGAUAUGGGUAUACCUGCUCUGACGGCGCUUCACGACGUAAAAAUGCCACCCGGGAGACCACCAGCACCCUGAAGGCUUGGCUGCAGGAGCACCAGAAGAACCCCUACCCCACCAAGGGAGAGAAGAUAAUGCUCGCCAUAAUCACCAGGAUGACCCUUACACAGGUGUCUACAUGGUUUGCCAAUGCCCGCAGGAGGCUGAAGAAGGAGAACAAGGUGACGUGGUCACCGCGGGCUUGUAAAAGCUCUGAUGACCGGGGCUGUGAUGAUGACAGCGACGAGGCUGAGAAGCCACUUAAAAAUGACAAGGACCUUCCUGAUCAACAGUGCGCAGACCUGCAGAGCGACCUUGAGGACUUCGACCUGCUGGAGUCGGACGGUUCUGACUGUGAACCGAAGCCACAGUUUCUACCUGAGGACAGUGACGCAAGCGCAAACACAGACCUCCCGCACGGGCAUCUCACACACAACCCAGACACACUGCAUGGAAAAGAGAGACUGUCUCCAGACUGCCCCAAACUCACACCGGUCCAUCAGCAAAACAGCGCCUUCUAUUCUAAUCCAGACCCUCGAAAUACAGACACAAAGCCGAAAAUCUGGUCCAUCGCUCACACUGCUGUGUCUUUGCAGCCAGAAUACCCUCCCUGCAUGCUUUCGUCGACCGGGUCCUCCUCUCCUGGGUAUCCAUCAAAUAUGUCGCUACCCAAGGCAGACAGGGAACAGGAGUCACCGGUCGCCACGCUCAGAGAAUGGGUGGACGGAGUUUUCCACGGUCCUCCUUUCCUGCAGCCCAAACCAGCUGAGUUGUGGAAAGGCUUAAAUGAUGACAUGAUGGACAGCAGAACACCCAGACAGUCCUUUGAACUUGUAAGGUCUACAUCAUCUGUGUAGUCCAACCAACUCAUCAUCAACGGAAUAUAACAAGACUGCUGGACUUGGAAAAUAAGUCUGUAUUUUGUUGUUGUGACUUGACCAGUUGACCGUUCGCUAAGCUCCAUCCCCAAUACUCACUGUUACUGCUCUGUCAAGCUUUCUAUUCUCACACUGCACACAUUUACAUUGAUUAUAGCAGUUUUACCCUCAAAAUAAAAUAAAUAAAUAAAUAAAUUAUGGGUUCUUGAUUCCAGUCAGAAGUAUAAAAAACAGAUUAUUCUAGCUAACCACUACAUUUGCCAUCUGGAAUGGUGGAUUUUGUUAGCUUUAACUAGGUUGCUCGUUAAGCUAACACUAGCUCCAUGAGUUUCUAAGACAACCUGCCUCUGGCUGACUUAUUAAUGUUUCAGUGUGUCCUAAAUACUCAUUUGUUAGCAUACAUACAUAAGUGAUAUUGUGUUAAAAUAUAGAGGCUAAAGCUUAUUUUCUCAUUAAAAACAAAUCAGCAUAUCAUCACAAGUUUACGAUUCAUGUAAAAGACAUGUAGGCUUGUGUAAUGAGGAUUAACCAAUGUAUCUGGCAGCUGUAGCACUGUCUCAGCUAGUAUUGGUUUGGGUUGUUAGUGUUUACAUCCUGAAAUCCAGUAAAGAUCUGCCAAUGUUACCCAAAAUUCUAAUAGCAUCCAGGACUGACUACCACACAGAUUGAAAAUGCUACACAAUGUAUGUGCUAGUUGUGUAGCGCAACUGCGUUACCCCAAAAGUAACGUAGCUAACACUUAACGGUAAAAGUUUGCUGCUUGGCUUUGGAGGUAAUGCUGCAUUACUGUAGCUACAGGUCUUGUUAGCUAGUUAGCCCGACAUUUGCAUUUACAUUAGAGCAGAUAAACACGGUUUAAUCAAUUUGUGCUUAACUUUUAUUUUUGAGUUUUUGAUUCUAGAAAAGUUCAAAGAAAGGACACCAUCCUUUAAACUCUUUAAAAACAGUUUUGCUCCUACUACGGUCCCAUGUGCAUGUGGAGAAAACCAAAGUUUGACAGACCUGGUGUGACCAGUUAUGGUUGCAAAUUAUGGCUGGGUAUUGUUUAAAACAUCACG